GCGCAGACCCUGUGUUCAGUCCUCUAAAUCAACACAUACACAAUAUGCACACCUGAAUAGUCAGACACUUAUCUUCGAUAAUCUGCCACUUGCUUGUGUGAGCAGCACAUCAAAUGAUUUAUGUACCCCAUGGAAUACUAACAGCCAUAGCCGUGUAGAUACUCCCAGCUAGUGGCCUCUCAACUUUUAGACUCCGGGAAAUGCGUCGGUCAGCCUGUCUGGACUAACAGUGAGCCGGCCCACUAACAGUUGCUGAAGUUCAAUUAUAUUUGUCCUAAAAGGGUGAGCAGCAACUCCUGCUUUGAGCCGCGGGCCCGCCCAGUAGCUCAAUUUAAAGACGCGCGGCGCUAGACUCCGCCUCCCCUGCCCUUCCCCAGGCGCAGGCGUUUUUCCUCCCGCCCAGGCUCAGAUCCCUAUACUGCCGCCUUCCCUGGCCCGCGACCCUGUCGCACCAGUGACGUCAAGGGCUGCGACGGUUCUCAUUGGCCCAUUUCAAUAGUCGCGGGCUACUUGAACUGCAAGAACAGCCGCGGCACCGGCGGGCUGCUCGCUACUUCUCGGGGUUCCUUUGGUCCUCCUCGCUGGUCUGUCCCUACCUCUGUACCUGGGGACCACCUCGACCCAGCACGGGCUCGAGCUGGGUGAGCGGGCAGCGGGCAGGCUGGCUCAGUGUGUGGUGGCGCCGCGGACUGGAGCGUUCCUCGGCGAGGUCGACGUGAUCAGUCGCGAGGCGGAGUGCACGCUGCUUGGCGCGGUGAGCUGAUCCCGCCGCCCGCCCCCGGGAGCAGCGAUGUUGGGCAGCUCCUCGCUGAAGCCUGCGGCCCGCGAGGCGGACUCGGGGCUGCUAACACUGCACCAGGAGGACCAAGAAAACAUCAACCCGGAGAAGGCGGCGCCCGCCCAACAGCCGCGGCCCCACGCCGGGGUGACGGUGCUAAAGGCCGGGAACUCACGGUGUUCUGCGCCGCAGCAGAGGCUCAAGACGCGGCGGGUUGCACCUCUUAAAGAUCUUCCUGUCAACGAUGAGAACGUUGCUGCUUUACCACCUUGGAAAGCAAGCAGUAAACAGCCUGCAUUCACCAUUCACGUGGAUGAAGCAGAAGAGAACACUCAGGAGAGGCCCACUGAAUUUAAAAAACCAGAGUGCGAGGAUGUCCUGGCUUUUAAUACAGCUGUUGCUUUACCCGGACCAAGAAAACCACUGGUACCUCUUGAUUAUCCAAUGGAUGGUAGUUUUGAUUCGCAACAUACUAUGGACAUGUCGAUUGUAUUAGAAGAGGAAAAGCCAGUGAGUGUUAAUGAAGUACCAGACUACCAUGAGGAUAUUCACAUAUACCUUAGGGAAAUGGAGGUUAAAUGUAAACCUAAGGUGGGUUACAUGAAGAAACAGCCAGACAUCACUAACAGUAUGAGGGCUAUCCUCGUGGACUGGUUGGUUGAAGUGGGAGAGGAAUAUAAACUGCAGAAUGAGACCCUGCAUUUGGCUGUGAACUACAUUGACAGGUUCCUUUCUUCAAUGUCAGUGCUGAGAGGCAAGCUUCAGCUUGUGGGCACUGCUGCUAUGCUGCUAGCCUCAAAGUUUGAAGAAAUAUAUCCCCCAGAAGUAGCAGAAUUUGUGUACAUUACAGAUGAUACUUACACGAAGAAACAAGUUCUGAGAAUGGAACAUCUAGUUUUGAAAGUCCUUGCUUUUGACUUAGCUGCACCAACAAUAAAUCAGUUUCUUACCCAGUAUUUUCUGCAUCAGCAGCCUGCAAACUGUAAAGUUGAAAGUUUAGCAAUGUUUUUGGGAGAAUUAAGUUUGAUAGAUGCUGACCCAUACCUAAAGUAUCUGCCAUCAGUUAUUGCUGGAGCAGCGUUUCAUUUAGCACUCUACACAGUCACAGGCCAAAGCUGGCCUGAAUCAUUAGUUCGAAAGACUGGAUAUACUCUGGAAAGCCUGAAGCCUUGUCUCAUGGACCUUCACCAGACCUACCUCAGAGCACCACAGCAUGCACAACAGUCAAUCAGAGAAAAGUACAAAAAUUCCAAGUAUCAUGGUGUUUCCCUCCUCAACCCCCCAGAGACACUAAAUGUGUGACAGUGAAAGACUGCCCUUGUUUAAUCACUCGGAGUUAAAUGGUGUACAGUUUUUACUUUAGGUUUUAAUUUCACAAUCAUUUCUGAAUAUAGAAGUUAUGGCCAAGGACAAAUUAUGGUAUCUAUUCCUUUUUAAAUGGUUUUAAUUUGUAUAUCUUUUGUACAUGAAUCUACCUUAGAUAUUUGGCUAAUUUUAACUGGUUAAAGUAUUAAUGAUGCCAACUAUCAGGGCAAGAAUUAAUAAAUACAUUUGGAAAUCUUGA